UUAACAAAUUGUCGAUAUUGGUUGACCUGGGAUCAUGUUUGAGGUUAUUGGCCCCAACCCAUCUCACGGAUCUUUCGGUGAUCCAAGAUUAGAUGCAAGCAUCUGCUUUGGUUAGCCUCCUCCCUUAACAGGUAUACGUGUUGUCGCGCCGAAACCCCCUGGAAACGUAUGCUAUGUCUGGGCGGCGAAGCGAGCCGCUUUGCGGCACAGCACUGCUCAGCCUCGUAUGCCGUGGCUUUUGCAAUCGAUUCGCAGAUGAAAUAUAUGUAUACGAUUCAGUCCCUCAGUGCUAUGAUAGGAGUCCGAGUUUCGCGUCGUGUUGUACUUAUUUCUUGAAGAUUGCGUUCAUCAAGGCCACCAUGGCUUCCAGGCUAUCACCUUUAGCCCACCAAAUCCCACCGCUGCAUCUCCAGCAUGACCAUGCUCCACCACCUAGAUUCAGUCUUUAUGACAAGCAUCAAGACACAACUUCGUAUGCAAGUGGAUCUCCAGUUAUAGCACACGAACAUUCGCGACAUGCAAGGUCGCAAAGCAUCCCAUCUCCGGUUCAGCAGAGCCUCGAAAAGUCACAACAAUCAGGACUACCAAUACGACAUGACUGGCGGCGCCCUUGUCUCCCCAAAGAACCUCGAUCUUCUCCUGAUAGCAGUACAAACAUUGGAGCGAGUAUCUCCAAUGAAGACUCCAACCAAACACCAGACCUGCAGAAGAAUAAAAUUCCGUCUCCGUGUGGCAAGAAACACUAUUCUUCAGAAGCCUGGCUGAAAAGACAUAAAGACACUUGUGCUGUUUGUACGAACAUCAAAUAUCAAGUUGAGGAGAUUUUCGACACGACAUCGGCCUCAAAGCGGCAACCAAUUUUGGAGUCAGAAGAUACAUGUGCAACCAACGUGAUAGAGGAGCAGCUGAGAGGCAGUGGAGGGGUACUAUCCUCGGUGAAUCUAGAAGCGUCUGAAGACCUCGAAGCAGACCGGCACUGGGCGCCUUCCCAGCCCAAAAUUGACGAUUUCCCGGACAUAGUUCGCGCAGCGACGCUUGGGCUGGAAGAUGAAUGCAAUGCAGAAGGAGCACCAGUGUCCAACUCCGUUAAACUUGAGAUAACCGCUACGGAACUACACAACAAAGUGCGAGCGGUGCUUGAAAAAGAGCUUACGCCGAACGAUUCGGAUGGCUACAUCUACAUAUUCUCAGAUCCAAAACGACCCGAACUUCACAAAAUAGGAAAGUCAAAAGAAACGAUCAGUCGUAUGGGCCAAUUACGAUACCAAUGCGGUCUCACUCUCAAGCUGGUCAAGAAUGUGAAGGUGCACAAUUAUUCUCGGACCGAGCGCCUCAUUCAAACAUACCUCAUGGAUCUUUGUCGACCCUAUCGAUGCGAUGUAUGUCAUGCAAGCCACGGAGAGUGGUUUGAGAUCGCAGAUGGAUCUGCGCGUGCAGCUGUGACCCGAUGGGCCAAAUUCAUGACCCGGGAAGGCCCUUAUGACCCAGAAACGCGGCAACUACACUCGUUCGCAGAGGACUUAGUCAGAACGCGAGAUCACCUUCUUCCGGAUGCGAGCCCCAAAAUUGAGACAACCCGAAACCAUUGGAAUCGAAUCCUGUCGCCAACUUUUCUUGAUCGCUUCCGUUUCAAGUUUAAUGUUAUAUGGACCAUGGUCUCGAAGUUUUGCUGGCCGAUUAACUCAAUGUUUGCCUGGACAGUGGCAUUUCUCGCUUCCCGUCAUCCUAUCACUUUCUUGUUCAUGGCUGUGUCGGUUAUUGGCACCUUCAUUAGCAUAUCUGACGAACAAUAUCGCUUGAGAAAUCGACCGAAACGCUCAAAGAGAAGGUCGAUCUAGAAAGGGCAUCUAUGUAUUCGAAUGUUGUGUACUGUACUUCAAAUAGGAUUAUGGGCUUAAGGCUGGCGGUGCU